AACAAGUGAAUAAUUCUGAAAAUAUUCGAAAUAUAUUUUAACCGUCUCUCGUGCUCGGAACGAAGACAUUCUUGCUCGAAACGGAUCGUUACGUAAAACAGUUCCAGUACGGCGACUGAAAUUAUAAAAUCAAAUGAAAACUGACAUUUUCUAUUCACGAAAUGCAAUAUACUCGGUGAAUGACGCAUGCGCCCAACAGUCGCUGUUAGCCCCACAUCGCCGAUGGGUGGCGAGCGAAUGCAAACUGGAGAGGAAUCACAGUUCUCGGUUUACCGGCAAAACGAUUCGUUGAUGGAAGCGCGACGCAUUGUUUUCCUGUCAUUGAACACGACCGGAUUGAAUCGUUGCGACACUGGAAACUCCUUCGUGGCCUCGGUUGUCCAUACUACGUCAUUUCAACGGAGUUUCUGAUCGUGGUCGAGUGACGAGAACGCGUCAGGGUGGCUGUGCACACGCACUUGUCAUUGAUCAGGGAUUGAGCACAUAGGUGCUACGAACGAUGAUCAUUGGACCGCGAAUCUUUAUGGGUAUUCCAGUCGUUAUGCGCAAUCAUUUCGAAAGUGAAUGUAAAUGAAACUCUCCGUUUGCCUGGUUAACGAUUCGAUAGGCUCAAAAUCAAUUAAAAUGUUACUCGAUUCCAUCGAACGCAUUACUUCGACGCGAUGAGGAAUCUUGUAUGGACUACGAACGUGUGAACAAUAGGAGAUCGAUGAUUAUCUGAACAUCCAGGUCUCGUGACGAUAACGUCCGCGGUCGCACGAUGAGCAUCGAUCGUUAUUUUCCCGUGGAAUCGUGAGGGAUGAGUCCUGGGGCGAAACGUUUCAACGUGAACGCGCGUUAAAUCGAUCGGAAACUCCCCUGCUGGACCGCAGAAAACGCUCGGCGCCGUGGCAAUGAUUGUCGGCAGCCUAAUGAUGGACCAAUGGCCUCGUCGGGAUAACAGUCAAUUUGUUCCGGGCAAACGCUGGAAAUCGAUACAAAUACGUUGCAUUUCGUCGACUGUCACGACUGGAACUGAAGAACUCCGUGGAUCGAUAAAAAAUAUAAUUGAUCGCUUGAGAGCGUCGGAAAGAAGAUGACCAGAUGCUUGUCGGACCGUUGCGACUGUCAGCGACUCGAUCGAGUUUAGAACGAAUCAGCACGAAAAUGAAGAAGAGAUUGCUGCUCUGCUUCGUCUGCGCCGUGCUGCUAUUCCUCAUCAUGAUCUCGACCGACAACGAUUGGCCGUUCGUGAAUCCCGGCGACCUCAGCGACAUUAAUUGCUAUGAGAUGGCCAGCACGUCGAACAGCCUUCCAGGAUUCGAUCCAAAUUCAAAAUUGGACGUACCGAUCGAGGACAAGAACAUCUUCUUCCACGAGACCUCCUGUUUCGACGACGGUCUGGUCUUGAACGCUCGCCAGGCGUGCGCCGUUGAAUCCGCGGCGAAAAUGAACCCUAGCAUGAACGUUUACCUCUUCUUCACCUCACCGUCGAAAAUUUCGAACCAUUCCGAACAGAUUUUCAAUCAGCUGCAGACCUAUCCGAACAUCAAGAUCAGACGCAUUUAUCCGGAAGAGUAUGUGAUGGGAACGCCGCUGGAGCAAUGGUACAAGAGCGGCGUGCUGAAGAGAAGCCAAUGGCCUCGGAACCACAUGUCGGACAUUUUGAGAUAUCUCACCCUCUGGAAGUUCGGCGGAAUAUAUCUGGACCUGGACGUCGUGGUCAUAACGUCCCUGGAGCACUUAAGCAACUUCGCUGGAGCGGAAGAUUGGAACCACAUCGCUGCCGGCGUGAUGGGAUUCGACCUGACGCCGAUGGGCCGUCGCGUCGCCGACGCGUGUAUCCGUGAUUUGAAAGCCAAUUACCGUGGUAAUAUUUGGGGCAACAAUGGGCCCGGUGUCAUCACCAGGACGCUGCAAAAGAUUUGCUCUACGGAACACAUCAGAGACAUGUCCACCGUUCGCUGCCAAGGCUUCAGAGUGUUCUCGCCGUCAGCGUUUUACCCGAUCCAUUAUGAGAAAUGGAAGAUGUAUUUCGAGAUGAAAGACAAGAACGUAACGAUGAAGAGGCUGGAGAAAGCGAUGAUUAUCCACGUAUGGAACAAACUGAGCGGAUCGGAGCCAGUUCGUGUGAACAGCGACGUUCCCUACGCUGUGAUCGCCCGGAAACAUUGCCCGCUCGUCUUCAAGAAUUGCGGGGACACGUUUUAACAAUGGAUCAGCGAUCGUCAGCUUUGUAAAUUACUUCACUCGCCUGAACACUAUUCUUAUAUCAAAUUGACGAAUAAAUCACCUGUUGAUCGUUGGAUUAUUAGACGUGAUUGAAUUGUUGGGGACCGUUCGCCAACGAUAGUGGGACCGAUUACUCUGAACGAAGCAAUAAGCUGACAAAUAACACAUACCGGUGACAAUACGAAACGGAUGAGAACCUUUCGAAAGGCUACAGUUAAACAAUUCGUGCGACUGAACGAUAAAUUCGAUUUCAUUCGUUUGCAAUGCAAGAAUAGAGAUAAUUUUUCGAUAGGAAUACGCGGUCAUCGAUGACCUCGAAUCGUGGGGCAUUAAGACGAUUGGAUCUGAAAGGAAUUUUGAGUACCACUUACUAAUGUUGUCGCAAUUAUAAUUAUGUUCGAAUUUACUCCACUUUUUUACCGUUUACAGAAUGUGUAGCCUGUGUAUAAAGAAAUUUUAUAUCCGUUUCAAUACUGAUCGGAUACUUUCACAACUUCUGUUAUUUCAUUGUUCUGAAUGUAAAUUAUUGGCUAUGUAAUUGUUGCAGUCUGCGGUGAUUAUCAUUUAACGAUGAUAAUGCCAUCAAGCUGUAAUAAGUGCGCGUGUCGUUUAAUUGUUUAUAUUAUUAAAUUAUAUGUACAAUAAAAGGCUCAUGUUAUUAAUUUACCAGA